AUGAUUAUAACCCAGGGAGCUCCGGCCUGCUUCGAGUUGGAGCAGCCACCUCUCCUUUCCCUGGAGCUGGAGCAUCCACCUCUACCUUCCCUGGAGCUGGAGCAUCCACCUUUCCCUCCCCCGGAGCUGGAGCAGCCACCUCUCCCUCCCCUGGAGCUGGAGCAGCCACCUCUCCUUUCCCUGGAGCUGGAGCAUCCACCUCUACCUUCCCUGGAGCUGGAGCAGCCACCUCUCCCUCCCCUGGAGCUGGAGCAGCCACCUCUCCCUUCCCUGGAGCUGGAGCAUCCACCUUUCCCUCCCCCGGAGCUGGAGCAGCCACCUCUCCCUCCCCUGGAGCUGGAGCAGCCACCUCUCCCUUCCCUGGAGCUGGAGCAUCCACCUUUCCCUCCCCCGGAGCUGGAGCAGCCACCUCUCCUUCCCUGGAGCUGGAGCAUCCACCUCUCCCUUCCCUGGAGCUGGAGCAUCCACCUUUCUCUCCCCGGAGCUGGAGCAUCCAGCUCUUCCUCCCCCGGAGAUGGAGGGUCCACCUCUCCUGGAUCUGGAGCUUCAUCCUUGGACUCUCCAAAUCAAGUAGGACCCUCAGACAUGGGAAAUGUCCAAAAGCAUCCGCUUAUCACGCACUCAAAAGAUCCCCAAUUAUAUGCCAAUGUUUUGGUGGAUGGGAAGAAACUCUACCUAGCCGAACAGAAGAAAAGGCCAAAUCUAUCAAGAGCAUAA